GUCCCCGACUCCUUUCCUUCCUUCCUUCGCUAGCUUUGAGAGAGGCAUAGAGAGACUGUGAGAUCAGAUCUGUACUCGCAUUUCUCUAUCCCCCAAAGGUAUCCCUCUCCUCCUCCCUCCUUCUUACGAUUCAUGCUCUCGUCUCGAUCUGACGGUUGUAUCGAUUUUAUUGAAUCUGCGAUGAAAUGAGAUUUUUGCUAUGGUUUUUUCGAUUCAGAUUUGAAUUUUUUUGAAUUUUUUUUACUGGAUCUGCGAUACUGUUCGUUCUGUAGUUGAGGGAUCUGAUUAGGUUAAGGUUAUGGCGAAUCUCACAGAUCUAAGUAUUAGGUUUAGCUCCGAUGAAUAAAACUUAUUUGGAUCUGUUUGUUUUUGAGUUGUUUAGUAUCUAUUAAAGCGGAUCUACAUGAUGAGUUUUAUGUUUUUUUUUGCUAAGAUUUGAAUAUUUUUUCUCAUUGGACAAGUGUGUGUGUAUAUGAUUUGAAUCUGGCUUUUUAUUUUAUUUUAAUAUAUAUAACCAUUUUUAAAUGCAGUCUAAGUUUAUGUCUGCACUAAGUCUUAGCCUGAAAUGAUGAGUCUUCUUAGUUAAUGAAUGCACAUUAGUCUGCUACUAAGCUUCACUUAAGUUUAUUUAUAUUAUAUAUUAUAUUAGAUCUCCAUCAUUUUUUUGUGCUGUGAGGAUAAGAUGCAUCUGUUUUAUCAUUUAAAAAAAUGCUUUUAUUAUCUCUUUAGCUUUAUGUCACUACUUGAGUGUGGAAUAAAAUGAUUCUUUUUUACUUUUUUAAAAAGGUUGACACUUUCUUUCUAGUUAUGAAUACUUCCACUUGUAGUAUUACUUAUGAGGAUGCUGAUUGAAUCUUUAUUUUGUUUGUAGCUUUGAGAUAAAAUGGAGACUUUCCUAUUCACAUCCGAGUCCGUCAACGAAGGACACCCAGACAAGCUUUGCGACCAGAUCUCCGACGCAGUCCUCGACGCCUGCCUCGAGCAAGACCCCGACAGCAAAGUCGCCUGUGAGACAUGCACCAAGACCAACAUGGUCAUGGUCUUCGGUGAGAUCACCACCAAGGCUACCGUCGACUACGAGAAGAUCGUCCGCGACACUUGCCGCUCCAUUGGUUUCAUCUCCGACGACGUUGGUCUCGACGCUGACAAGUGCAAGGUCCUUGUCAACAUCGAGCAGCAGAGUCCAGACAUUGCUCAAGGUGUUCACGGUCACUUCACCAAGCGCCCUGAGGAGAUUGGAGCUGGUGACCAGGGACACAUGUUUGGGUACGCUACUGAUGAGACCCCUGAGCUCAUGCCUCUCAGCCAUGUCCUAGCGACCAAGAUCGGUGCUAAGCUUACGGAAGUGAGGAAGAACGGAACUUGCCGUUGGUUGAGACCAGACGGUAAAACCCAAGUCACUGUUGAGUACUACAACGACAACGGCGCCAUGGUUCCGGUCCGUGUCCACACCGUCCUUAUCUCGACCCAGCAUGAUGAGACUGUGACCAACGAUGAGAUCGCACGUGACCUCAAGGAGCAUGUCAUCAAACCCAUCAUCCCAGAGAAGUACCUCGACGACAAAACCAUCUUCCACCUCAACCCAUCAGGCCGGUUCGUGAUCGGUGGACCACACGGUGACGCCGGUUUAACCGGACGUAAGAUCAUCAUCGACACUUACGGAGGAUGGGGAGCUCACGGAGGAGGUGCUUUCUCAGGGAAAGACCCGACCAAGGUCGACAGGAGUGGUGCUUACAUCGUGAGGCAAGCUGCCAAGAGCGUUGUUGCCAACGGAAUGGCUCGUAGGGCUCUUGUUCAGGUCUCGUACGCCAUUGGAGUUCCAGAGCCGUUGUCUGUCUUUGUGGACACUUACGGAACAGGGUUGAUUCCAGACAAGGAGAUCUUGAAGAUCGUGAAGGAGAGCUUCGAUUUCAGACCAGGGAUGAUGACGAUCAACUUGGAUUUGAAGAGAGGAGGCAAUGGAAGGUUUUUGAAAACGGCGGCGUAUGGACAUUUCGGAAGGGACGACCCUGACUUCACCUGGGAGGUCGUGAAGCCACUCAAGUGGGACAAACCUCAAGCUUAAGAUUAUAUCAUUAUAUCCUAUGCUUGUUUUCUUCUAUCUUUUUUUCUUUCCAAUUUCAAACAUCUACCGUAAGCAAUAAUUAAAUCCCUCUGUUUCUGUUUUGUUCUUUUUUUCUGGUUUGUUUACUAUUUUACUCUAUUAAUGAUGAUUUACUGCUGUUAAGAUCCUGAACAUUCUACAACGUUUGGAUUUUAGUUUAUGUAGUUUAUGUAGUUUUGUUGUACUGAUUCUAGAAUUACUAAGAUGAGCACAUUUACUAUAGUCAAUUUGGUUCCUAUUGGUUUGAUCGCGUAAUGAUAACUAAAGAAUAAAAGAAGCAAAAGUUUAGAUCACGAAAGGAUAAAAAAGAUACCAGUAUGUACCAUACGAAUUAAAAAAAAAAACAAAUAAACCACAAUUACAACGCAUAAUGCGGAGGAAACAUGCUCAAACACGAGAGGCAUCCAAG